AGGUGCACUUUUGCACGUCCAAGGCGCGUUGCUGCACCUGCCUCUUACUUUUGUCCCACGUAAACAAAGAUACGCUUUCUCAAUAGCAGGUCCAAGUACUGGAAGUGCUGUUGAAGGAUCCAAACAAGACGAAUAAAGGAUUCUGAUUACUCUGCCGCACUUGACUACUACACCGCACCACAUCUCAUUCCACUCUACUUCUCUUCUCUUCACUGCGCCUACGUGACAACCACCCCCACCAUGGAAGGAGAAGACACUGCGCCGCCUCAGAGGCACGAGCCUCCCGUCUUCAAGGCCCCGCGUCUUGUCUCGCGCCCAAAGCCCCCGGCGCAGCAGGAAGAAGAGAUUGGCUCCGAGAUCAAGCUGGGCGAUUUUGAAGAUGUCCACGCCCUUUCCGUCUCCGAGGCCCGCGCCGUCGUCACAGCCGUCCACGAGGCGCGCAAGAAGAAGGACCCCGAGAACAACCCACUGCGCGACAGAAUACACAACGACAGCGGGGUCAUCGCCUCCUUCCUCGACUACCUCGACAACUUUGCGCGCUACAAGGAGGAAGACAGUCUGCACUCCAUUGCCGCCCUCUUCGACGCCCACCCCGAGAUCUCCGUUGUCGAGAAGGCGCUGCUGGGCACACUUACCCCCGAUACCGCCGAGGAAGCCACUACCCUCAUUCCCUCGCUCAAGAUGGACGAGGACGAGCUCCAGUUGAUUCUCGAUGAGCUGAAUAAAAUGCGUGAGUUGGAAAAAGCUGAGAGCUUAGCCAAGGGUUAA